UUAAGCAGAAUUCGGGUUACUUCAAUUGGAAUUUUUGGAUCGUUCAUAUUCGACUAGAUAUUUGGUUAAUUCAACCAAACAUUUUUUUCCGUGUGGGGUUUCAAGUGCUCGGUUCACCAAGCGGAUUUUUCGUAAAUUUUUAUCAAGUAGCUUUCGUCAGAAAUUAUCAGUAUUUGCUCGCCUAAUUACUUAGCAAUCUGCAACGAUAAGAGAGUCGAUUCUUAUAGGUGAGGCGCGUUAUUUUACGCUUCGAGAAGAUACUGCGUUGAUGUAAGAAGAAAUGGCAUUCAGAUUCCAAGCAUUCACGUACGCGGGAUAAUGUAAGAUUGCGUAGCUCAAUGUGCAUUUUUCUUUUCGAGAUGAAACAUUGCUUCAUAAGCUAUUUAUUUUUCCGAAUAGAAACCGAUGCCGCGAAUGUCAGAGAGGUUUACGCGCGUCCAAGUAUGAAACAUCAGCCUGCCUCCUCUUGCUGUAAUGUUGCGCAAUUUUCAUUCAUGGGAGCUCACCUAUUAUGGAAAGUGAGAUCGAGGUUGUAUAAUAUCGUAGGAGGAAUCAUAACUUGCGCGCUCCAACACGUGGCACCGCGCGUCGGUGUAAAUGACGCUUAUCCCUGACAUUGCUUUAUCCUUCGUUAAUUUUUCAAUACGCAUUACCCGCGAGUAACCGUGUUAUUUACCCGCCAAGAUAGCUGCGCGAGACUCGCGUCCGCUAUACGUGGUGAAAGAGCGAGUUACUUUGGAAAACUGACAUCUGCUUUUCGCGAAUAUCUCUUGCCGACAGAAUGUUUUAUUAUUUCGAGCUUACAUAACAAAUAUUGGAUCGAGCUACGAGUAACUUCCGUCUGUUCCUCUCUCCUUUGCAUUUAUUUUUACUCGAAAUACUUGGUAACGGGGCCUGAUCUAAUACACAUUCGUUAUUAUACACAAUGACUUGUGUUUCCAACCAGGUAAAACUUGUCGUCGGCUCGUCUAGCGCAUAUUCGAGGAAAAAUAACUAUCUUGUCGGAAUAUUUGUAAAUUUAAAUUCAUUGAUAAAUCUUAAAAUAGAUAAACGAAUAUUCAUACGUUUUCUCUCUUGCGUAUAAUUAUUUGCGACGGAGCGUUAGAUCGGCUCGCCAGUCAUUGGCAGAUUAACAUGUUCAUCAAGCUUAGUUUGCCUCAUGGUCGCGAAACAGCGGCCGCAGCUUGUGCAGUUGCUGUGCCCGGUCACUCGCGAAUUAGGUCGUCGAAUCCUUGAACUAUAAUAAUUAAUACCUGAGAACGUCAUUGAGUUGCGUGCGGAACGGAGGAGAAUUGAUAUAAUAAUGCUGUCGGCGUAACACGAAUGCUGCGUAAUGUGUUUAGAUGCGUCAUGUCUAUUCGGGUAUUCGUGCGCGCAAGUGUGGAAGUGUAGCGCGAUUUUAUACACGACAAGAAAUGAACAUAACUCUCUUUUUUUAUUCGCAGCGAUACAUGUGUAAGGUCGACGCAGGUAUCGCAGGUAAUCGUAUUCCACUGACGUCAGCGGAAUAAUUUUCAUUUAACUUGAGGAAACUCACGUUUGGCAAAAGUGCAAGGUGUGUGAGGAAUGCUCUUGUAUCAAUCUGUCAUUUAUUCCUCCACGCGCGCGGUUUCUCAAUCAGUCUGACAGUCUUGUCGACAGUAGCCAACUGUGCCCUCGAGUUUUCGGCAUCUCUUUCUCGUUUCCGUCCGCAUUGAGAAUUACAUUGCACGGUUGGUUACACGGAGUCGCACCUCCAGAGGAAAACCCGCCUGACAGCCGGUCUUAUCGUUUCCGGUCUCACCUUUUCUUGCCAGCGUAUGAUAUGUGACGUUGCAGACGAACUUCCUGUCGAGGAGGAAAGUCACGCAAAUGCCGUUAUAUCUUUUUCUUUGAUAAAGGAAAAAAAACGUUUAAGUAUACGUUUAUGCAUUUAUAAAUAUGCGAAUUCGGGAGAAGUUUCAGUCGCAGAAUCAUUUACAAAUGUGAAGCCAAAAUCUUUCUUUGGCAAAAAUUUCCAGAAAACUACUAAUCAACUUAAUUUUUUAUAUCGACGGUUGAAAACUUCCAGAAGUAGCUUUGGAAAUUCAAGUAUGUACGAAUAUUUAACAAAACGUUGUGUUUUCCGAUUUUAGUUCGACAAAAAUUUCAGCUAACAGAAUGUGAUGCGAUCAUUGCACUCGAUAUGAUAAGAAAACACAAGUGUAUGUGUGAAUUUAAUUAAACAGCUGUGCGAUGUUAGAUUUAUUAACAGCUGUAGUAGCGCUCAAGAGAAAAAUUCUGCUAUCACGAGUCGUGAAAACAAUACUCGGUGACUAUAAUAAAAUAUAAUGUAACGUUUUUGCGGCUUCGGACAUUUCCUUUGUAAACAUACUAUCUUAGGAGCUUCCUCUCUUCGCAGUAAGGUGAUUACACAGUUGUGCCUUUAACUUCAUAUUAGAAAGCGCGUAGAAAGUGUUAUUUGGCACAUGCGAAUCGAGACGAGUAAUUAUAGUGUACAUUUUGCAUCUGUUAAUAAUUUGCUCGUCGUACAAUAAGUCUAUCUGUUCGACAGAGAACACUUGUUACUCGAUGUAACAAUCGAGUGUUUCGAGAAAGUCUCACGCUAGUUGAUUCCGAUAAAAAAACGGUUGAAACAAAUCGUGCACGAGAAGCGUCAACUGAGCGCGGAAAGUAUUCAAGCGAUGAACCGUACCGCCACGUAAGUAAUUGCAAUAUGGUUCGACGAACGAUAAACGCGCCCUUUUUCCUGUUACACCGGGAAAUGAUUUGGUGUUGUCCGGUUGUUGCGGAAACAAACUCGUAGGGUGACUGCAAAUCAAUUCUAUUAUUAUCCAGACGAGAAACUGUACAACCACAAUUAUGAUUACAAGCUGAACGUUCUUGAUUUCUGAAAUUGUUUCACAGACACGAGUGAGUUUUGUGAUUUUUGGAACUCACAUAUCUGUUUCACUUUUGCACAUAGAUAUUAACUCUUUGAGUAUAUUUUAUUUCCUUCAAAUUCGGCAUAUGAACGAUUUCGGGCUCGCUGAUUAUAAAUUUGAGAUAAAACAAUUAAAAUCCGAAAUGGCGAAUCCAAUGUAACGAUCAUAAAUUCUCAAAAUUAGUUAUCUUGCUUUCAACAUUAUUCGAAAAUAAUGACAUUUCCUCCACAUAAAAAAGAAAUAUUUACUUGUUUGACAAGAAACUUGCAGCAAAUAUCAGUAUAUUAUCAGUAUUUCAACAGUUUAUUGUGAAAAAUAGGGCUGACAGAAAAUCUUGAAAAAAAUGUGCAAAAUACUGUUAAUUGAAUAAACUGUUUUGAUAUGUCAAUUUCUGAUAGUUAGCUUUAAAGUGGUUUUUUUUAACGCGUCUUUUUUAUAUUUUUUUAUACUUUUAUUUGUUUAUAAUAAUUUAACAAUUAAAUAUUAAAAUUAUUCUUUACUUGUUUUUAGUUUCUUAUGUUUACGAGAGUGUAUAAUGAGACUGUGUAAGUGACUCUGCCGGUAAGUCAGUUAAAGUCACUAAAAAUGAAAAAAAAAAUAAGUAGGAUUUUGGUGUCUUAUUAUAACUGUCAUCUAAUAUUUCGUGUUUUGCGCGAAUCUGUCUAAGAGAAUACAUUUUUAGUAUACGGUUUGUGUCGUAAAAGUUACGAGCUUACAACUCAUUUCGACCAUUCUGUUGAAACUGCAACCGUUCUCCUUUUUCCUCUCCGCUUGAGACACUUUCGCACGAUAUUACGUACGCGUAAUGCAACGACCCACUUGAAGGGUUAAUUUCGGUCAGGGUAAAGCUCGCGUGCAUUACUCCCUCGUGAAUAAUCGACUCUUGUUAACAGUGGGAGAGUGUCAUGUGAAAAGAAACAUUUAGUGACAGAUAACGUGAAAAAUGUCUCGACUAAUGAGGAUGUUAAUGGCGUUAUAAAAUUUAAUUAUGAUUUCGUGACUAAUCCAUUAUCUUGACGAAGUGGCUCGUUUCGUGACUAUUUACUUAAUCUCCCUAACAGAGUUGUAUGACGAUUUUAUUUUUUUUUAACUCUCAUAAAAAUCCAUUGCCCCACGCGUAAUGGAGUAUUACUUAAAAUAAUAGCGUUAGUGGUACUGUGAUAUUAUACUCAUGCAACGCUUCUCUAGCUACGUUUUGACAUUCAUGCGCAUAGAGGCUCGCGUGCAACACUCGUUUGAUAAUUAGAUGAUUUCAAGAUCAAGGGCGGAAACGAGAAGAAGCAAUUAACAUUGACUUUUGACAAGAGACUCGCAUUUACCUGAAAGGACAAUCGAUACCGAGGCAUAAAAUUUUUUAUACACAGACUUGCUAUCGGUUGAAGAAAUUAUGAUAAAACACUUUAUCUCCAAUACGAUAUUUUACAAUAUUUAUCUAUUUAUACAUUAUAAAACACAUCGAUGUAUUAUAAAAUAUUAUAUUAUAAAAUAUUUCACAAUGUACAUGAUAUUUCAUAAAGUAUCCUGCGCGCAAAGGUGGAAACAUAAAGGUUGGAUAAUAAUACCAGUAAAUCUCCUGAUAAAGAGAUAAGUAUUACCAAUUUCCUCGCAAAACUUGAAACUUCCGUUUGAAAGAUUUCACUAUUUCUCGCUGUGGAAGGUUCGCUCAGGAAGGUGUAUUGGUUCGCUCAGGAAGGUUGAUUCCCAAUCGCUCCUUUCAGGUGAACGCGAAUACGAUCUUCACCUUCCAUCUCCGCGGGUCUAUCGCGAAUUCUGAUCGCCCACAUCGAGCGAAACGGCCGCGCUGCCAAUUGCGCAAUAGUUAUCACAAUAUCAGCAAGCGGGGGCGGCCGCGGCGCGGCUAGGGCUAUUUCUCUCUCCUUCUCUCUCUCUCCCUCCACCGCGGCAUUGUGUUAACCCGCGUGCGUCUUGCAGCGUGUAGGCCGACGGCGUGUUAUAUCGGCCGCGAGUUAUGCACCGCGGUAAUUGCGCGCGACUCGGCUCAUGCACAAGGACAGGGCGCGCCUUGCAGCGCGCUACGUCUAAUGGCCUGUCCGCCUGGAGAGGAGAGAAGGAGCGAGACGCGCCGAUCCGGAAAACGAGAGAAAGAGAGGCGAGACUCGCGUUCGUUCGUUCGUUCGUUCGUUCGUUUCGCACACACACGUAAUCGAACGCAUGCCGGACAACCUGGCGUGCGCAUUCUUACCUCCUCGCCGUUCUCGCCGGAGGCGCCCGUUUUAGAAAUUCUUCGCGCGAAUUCCGCCGACUUUUAUUUCGCCCGUGGCGCGCAAGGUGUCUCGCAUGGUAGCGCGACGCAUUUCGGCCGCGUGUGCCCGAUUAUGUAUUUCUGGACGACAAUAAAUAAGGCGAUCAGCAAAAUCAACAUGGCGGACUGCUUAUGUAUUAUUUAUGAAACGGACUGUAUAACUGUCCGCGCGUGUUUCAGAAAGUUCUUUGAUCGAUGUUGGUUCCACUGGCGAGUAUCUCUUCUUUUUUCUCCCUCCAAGCGAGUUCUGUACGAAUGAGAAAGAAACGCGCGUCGCGAGUACCUGUUAAAGAGUACAUUGAAAUCUCGCACGAUUUAUCACUCUCGGGAAUUAAUAAUUAUCUUGCUCGCUUCGCGUUUGACAUCCUUAGGAUAGCGUAUUCAGAAUAAUCGUAUACGGCGUUGCUGUUUAUUAUACACUUCCGUUAUUGCAGGUGUAGAAUCGGCAAUAGCGGCGCUAAUUGAAGGCAUAGAUCGAAAUCUGGAUGUCCAUCUGGUUGUUUUUAUCUCGCGUUUCACCGGCAAUCAAAUCUUGAUAGAUAGAUUUGAGAUUUUGAGGAUCUCGCGCCGAUAAAGCAGCGCGUUGGAUCACCGCCAAUGUAAAUGUACACACGCGAGGAAAAGACUCCUCUCGAUCGUGCACAGCGUGCCUUUUUACGAAUCGCGACUUCCGGCGUCUAUUUCCGGACGCGAGAGGCUGGAGUUUACGAUCUUGCGUUAAUAACGCGUUGCCACAUCGAUCUGCAAUAACAACUUCGUAACUUCGUCAACCUCCAUCCUUGAAACUUUUCGAACUCACUUCCUCAGGAACGCCAAAGAGUACACUUUGAAACCGAUAUUUGUAAUCUAAUCGUGAUUAUCUUUGGUCUUAUAACAAAAUUAAUUAUAACAAAAUCGAAUACGAAGAAAUCGGGGAGCAUCUUGGCCGCGUGCCUUUCGUGAGUCAUGAAAUUCGACGCGAAUCAAUUCAUGAAUUUGCAGGAAGGAAAUCUACUAACAAUGACUAAUCAGUUCCAAGACUCGGAGUAUCAAACGAUUUAAUAGUUCUGUCUCUUACAGUAGCAUGAUAGCACAUUAUCUUACUUAGCUGUAACACGAUAGUGACGUAUCAGUUGAAAUAUAUACAUAUUAUUUUACGCCGAUUAAAAAGCGCUUAGCUCGUACCAUUUGACACACAAACGACUGGACUCUGCGUGUCCAAUCUCUCGAAUUCGCGUUCUCACCGGCAAUAUCGCUCCCUUCAACUCGUGAUCGUAUAUAACUUCAAUCAAUUAGUCAAUGAAGAUCGCAAUAACGGAUGGACAAGUCGAGUCUGCCGUAGUAGGUACGGGCUGUAAUGCCUGGCCAUUUAGUAACUGUAAUACGACCGACGGAUGUGGGUCGCCGAGAUUCCUCGUCGACGCCGCGGCGAGCCUUAUCUCGACGUCGGCUUCGCACAUUGCUGUAAUUUCGCUCGUUCCGCGUAACUGGGCUGAUCCGCACGAGAACACAUGUGGUUUCUUACAGUCAUCGUACAGAAGUGUCGUUGUGGUCAUGCAAGCCGGCGUGUAAUCUUCCUUCCUUCGAGCUCUUUCCGCCUUUCUUUUGCUCAAAAAUAUGUUUUGCUAGUCUAAGUAGAAUUCUAAAUAUCAGUUAAAAUUUGAGUGAAUAUGAGGAUUAUGCAUUCGUUUGUCUCUCGUCGCUAGUCUUUUUCGUCUACCACAGUCAAUUUUUGUAAGAAAUUUGAUUCUGGCUUGAAAUUUGAAACUGGAUGGCCGUCACAGAGAGAAAGGCUUUCUCCUGCUAAAAUUCAUAACGACUUCAGACAACAAUUCCUCUCUGUCAUCUGUAUUGAUUAAGUACAAAACAUAAUGUGAUAUUGCAAUGCUUGCCAGUCAUUUAUCCAUCUUAGCUAAUUUCCCGAUAAUGAUAAUUCUUAGCUAAUAUCUAGAUAAUGAUAAUUCGCUAUGACUGAAAAUGACAGGAAAUUAAGGGAAAGGAAGAGUCGAUCUGGGAUCAGUAAAAAUUAAUUUAGGAUCUUCACUUUCUGACUUAAUCUACUAUACACAUUGCAUUGUUCUUAAACAACAUAUACAAGUAUGCGUCUGACUCUCGCAAUUGCGAAUCUGCAAUCGCGAGAUCAUUCGUGCGAAUAAUUGUCGAGAUGAGGCACGAGAUGAGGCUUUAUGAAGCACGGUUAUGUACACAACAUUUGUUGCAUUGGAUGAUGCUCAGUGGAGCAGUACUCACACAUGAGUGCGCUAACGUAGAUUGCGUAGGUCAUAACGCAUUACGCCGAUAAAUGGUCAUCUGAGCUACCUCCGUGUGUGAAUCACUAAUCUCGCUUCAACAUGCCUUAUCCGGCGAACGCUUACUAACCCUUGAUAAUGUCCAUAAAACAAAUGACUAGAAUAACGUUCGGUAAUUGGCGAUAGCAUAGGAUAGUACUGAUGACGACUAUCAGAGGCGAAGAAAACAUUAUCGCAAAUAUCUCCUUGUUAUUUAUAGAGAUGAAUCGGAUCUCUUGCGAAACCACGUCAUUUUCCUCAAAGCCGCAAUGCUCCAUCCCUUUCACAAACGCGACAAUCCGUACAGAUACGAGGAAUAUCGCGUAGGAAAGUUCGAGCGUGAAUUCUUUUUACAUUUCUGUGUCGACCUUGUAGCAUCGUUUUAUCUCUUGCGAUAUACAAAAUAUCAAGAAAUAGUAAAGUGAAACGAAACGUGCAAGUAAGGAAAUUUUUUGGGCGUUGAAGCACUCUGUUUUAAUGAUAAAUCGUCUGUUACUGUUUUGAGGAAAAUCUUUUGUAAAUUGUACGUUUAUUUCGUCAUUUUAGCGUUAAUUACAUUCAGCGGAAAAUUACGGACUUUCCGUAAAUUACGUUUGCAACAAGUAAGUUAUACUUGCCGUAUCAUUGCGUGGCGCGUAUCGCAUUUAAUGUAGCGAUUGUGCGGUAAGGCACGCGAAGCACGUCCUAAUAUGUCCUAUUUAAGCCGUAAAUGCGAAAUUGACGAGUCGCGGGUCGGACUGUACGAUAAUGUAUGAUUUAUGACGCAUUAUCGUUGGAGAACUCAGUAACCUAUAUUACUUAAUUCUCGACUUAAUUCUCAGAAUUACUCCACAUUUUUAUCAGCAAUAACGCCUGUCGAAUACGCGUUAUUAUUAUCUCAUUAAAAACCAGAAUAACGAUGUUAAAGAGACGUUAAAUUCACACUACUACUCUCAAAGAUACAUAACAGGAAAGAACAUAACUGAUACAAGUUCUGCACUGUUGUUCGCAUGUGCAGAAAUUAAUAGUUUUUGACUUAAUAAAGUUAAAUGGGUUUGCUCGUUUCUUGCAAAUAGCAGAGGUUUGCUUCUCAAUGUGACAUCGCAUAUUUCUCUCGACAGAACUUCAACACGAAUCGCAGUUGCCAAGUUAUCAAACGUAAAGCACAUAUUGAGGAGAGAUAACACGCAAUACAAUCAUUUCUCUCUUUGUUUCUCUCGAGGAGCGUCACUGACCGAAGAUUCCGCGUGCGGAUGUUGUAUAUCAAAUAAAUCCAAGAGUUGUAAUUGCAACAGUAAAUAUGUUGCAACAUUCACUGUUGCUUCAUCUCCGAUUUUCUCUUCUGGCUGGGUGAGGCCAACACCUCGCGACUCUCGCGAACGGGGAUUCUAGUACGGUAUAAUGCGCGGGAUGAGCGAACGCACGUACACACCUCACGCGUAUACGCGUUCCUCUCUUUAGCAUGCUUUCUAGUCACCCGUGUAUAUUUAGUGACACGACAGCCGCUUAGGCCGGUCGCUCUCGAAAGGUCAACAUUGAUCACCGUCCAUAAGCGCGCUGUAUUACCGCCAACUUAAAAGUAAAGUGUUAUACACGGAGUGAGGAAUCUAUGACUGCGGCAUAUAUAUAAAUGAAGGUAACGGCUGUCGUUCACUAUGAAUACAUAUUCACGGUCGUGUUAAUAAAAGAUUACGCGUUUUUCUUUUGCACGUGCGGCUGUCUCGAGUGCGGUGGCAGAGAAACACUGGAGAAAAUAUAUGCAACAUGAAAUAUAAUGUCAAGCGAAUUAAAUCGAGACACGACAUUUGUUAACAAAACGGAAAAAUUAUAUAUAAAAUGGCAUGGAAGAUAAAGCGAAGAUACAACAAUGCCAAUGUAUUCUAAUAUAUAUUUUGCAUUGUCGCAGAUGGAUGCAGCGAAAGGUGUUAUUUUAUAUAUUUGUUACUUAAUACGUUUCUUGACACAUUAUUUAUAAGUUUAAUACAUCGUUUUUGCAAUAUAUUACUUAAAAUUUUCAUCUCUGUAGUGAUUAUUGAAAUACACAUUAUUGAAAUACACAUUGAGCACAUCGAGUAGUGACUAUUGAAAUAUACAUUGAGUAACAGCAGUUCAUCACAGAGGUCGUCGCGAGUAGGAAAAUUCAUGCAAAACGCACAAGCGAUGUGCUUAGGUGCAUUACUUCAUUCAGCGGUUGCAUUUGCAUUUACAAUGGUGCUGUCGAGUAUUCAUGACACAAUUAUAUAAUAACCAGCAAGACGUAGCGCAGAGAGAAUUCUCGACUUGGUAUUUAUCGCGACACAACGUUGUCAAGCGGUGAAAGUGAAGUACUUCUUCCGCUCCUGCAAUUUCAACGUUCCAAUCCAUAAUGCUUUCACGAUCGUGUACUAUUACAAUCUCGAAGGCCGUUUGAAAUCGCGGAAAUAAGAAACCAAGCGAAAAUAUAGAGUAUUGCAUUUCUAUCAAAUUGAUACUUAAAAUUUGUCAAAAGCAAGUUUUCGUUGGAUUUUAAAAAAACAUCGAGUCAAUCUUGCUUAUUUUAUUCGUGAAAAUUACCAAUCAAUCAAAUUGGAUAAUUUUGUUUAAUAUUUUACUUGACAAACAUGAUAUACUUUUUGCGCCAAUCUGAAUACAUAAUCGUAAAGAAUUUUUAUUAAUUUCCAAGAGAAUGCGCGCGUCUCCCGGUAGUCGAUCGGAGGAAGCUUCUUGGCAACUAUUUUCGAGAAAUGGCGUUGUUUGGUCGAUGCUGGGAACCGUUCGCGACUGGACUUGCUCUCGGAGUCGUUACUGUAUGUUGCCGCGAGCUGCGAGAAUGAUGUCGGGGAAAGAGGUUAAGUGCCGGCGGUCAGGUUGGACAUUGCUCGACGAAAAUAUCGAGAAUGUGGAGCGCGUGAGCCUCAUUCCCGAGGCUCAACGAGAAUUGGGUUGCUCGGUCGGCGAAUACGUGUUCCUGGAAUAUCCUUGGGCCUUUGUACCACGAGAGUCUGUUUUGAGGCUCGCCAAGACGUCGGGCUCGUCGCUGGAGCCGCAUCGGGAGAAGAUCGAGGCUUACGGCGGCGACACAUUUCUCAUGGGUUACUCAUCCACUCAAUUAAUCGCCCCUGACUUCGUGAUCUGCCUGACGGAGGACGCGAAGUCGGCGAUAAUAAGAAGGAAUGCUGGCAUCAGCAAGAAGAUCCGACGCGAAGUCGUGCAGAAGAUUAGGAAGACAGGCGGACCCCGGAAGUCCCUCGGAAGCGAGACCGAGUUGGACGACAGUCUGGUCCGGAACACGAGGGACUUUUUCGAAGUGGAAGUGUGCCUUCCGGUCAGUUCCUUGGGCUCAAGCCGUGAGCUCUUCGACAGAACCUCGAAGGAUUCCUGGGACAGUUACGUGGAGCUGCUGUCUUACGAGAGUUACGAGAACAUCGAGAAGAACCGCAUCUCCAAGAUGGUCCAGACGCACUUCGAGCCGCGCGAUAUCGAAGUGCAAACUUAUCCCGGAAAUCCCAAGAACACCUGGACUCAAUACGUAUACGAGGACACAACAGGAGGUCUCCUUCUGCAGGAUGCUGAUCACAGCGAUAUAGAGGAAGAGGAGAAAGAGCUGACGGAGGAGAAGUCAGAGAAAGAGCUGGAAGAGAGGAAAGAGACCGAAAGCUCGAGAGAAAUGUCCGAGGCGGUGGACGCGCAGCAGAAGCCAGCGGAGAGAGGACCGCUGGAGCUCUUCUUGGAGGAUCGCGCCCCAGAAAUGAUCGAGGCGGUGUGCUACAACACGGUCGUAAACUUGCACGUGGACGAUAUCGAGACGCUCGCGCGAAAGGAGAUCGAAAUAGCCCGGGGACCGCGUGGUGAGAUCACCACCUACACGGAACGAUUCUCCUUCGUUGAUUUGCACUUCGCGGCCGGCAAGGUUAUCUCCGACGCAUCCUGGCACCCGAACAUGCUCGAUUGCGUAGCUGUCUCUUACGUUACCUCAUCAUCAUCGCGCGAUGUUAUCCGAUCUUCGUCGCGCGUCGCGGCUAAUGGCGCGUUGUCAAGAGCCGAGCCGACGGCGUUACUAUGGAGCCUCGGCGAUUCUCUGCGACCUCGGCUCUUGUUGCGUUGCCACCGAGAAAUUUACUGCAUCUCCUUCUGCCCGACAAACGGUGACUUUAUAAUUGGCGGUUCCGCGUCGGGCCAAGUGGCUGUUUGGAACAUUCACGGGCGGCUGAAAGAUCGGGAGCAUGUCGACGGGAACGACGGUGAAACGGAUGUCGGGCUCGAGCAGCGUGCUCGACGCGGCGUCCCGAUCACGUUGGACGCGUCCAUGGCGUCUGAUCAGGAUCAUUCGCACGAAUCACCGAUUCGCCGUAUACAAUGGCUCCCUGAUAAUUGCAGGAUCGAGCCGUCCGGGAGACUGACGAAACUGUCCACCAGCUCGAGUUGUCAGUUCGUAACGAUCUCCGAGGAUGGCAUCGUCGCUAUUUGGGAUCUCCUCAGGUAUUCCAUCACCUCUCAGUUGAAACCGAGCGAUCUCAAGGGUCUGGACGACACUUUCCGUCCGAUCUAUCGUCUUGACGUCCGAUUCUGCAAGGACUCGCCCUUCACGCCUCUUUAUCUGUGCCUUCCGCCGGAUAGCGUUUUCCAAGAAGGCGACAAGCAUCAGCACGAUCACAGCGAAUUGGACGCCGCGGAUGUAGAUUACACGAGGAGACUCUGGAUCGGUACGGCGCAGGGGGAUCUCGUUUGUUGCACCUGGGAAGGCCAGGUGUUCGACGUGGAAACGUCCGGCUUAGAGGAGUGCAAACUUCUUAGUCGCUCUUCCGCGCAUGACGGUCCCGUUACGGCGAUUCUCCGAUCGCCGCACCUUCACGAUGUUCUCCUCACGAUAGGCGGCCAUGUUUUCGCCGUCUGGAAAGACGAUUAUUUGGAGUUGCCUCUGUUUAGACGAAAGUCCGAGCGCGUGUAUACCGCGUGUUGCUGGAGCAACCGGCCCGGGAUCUUCCUCAUAGGUACUAAUCUCGGUGACUUGGAAGUCUGGGACAUCAGGAGGAGGUCGAACGAGCCGGUGCUCACGCAGACUAUCUCCAGACAACCGAUAACUUUCCUGUCGCUUCGGGAGUCGUGCGAGGACAGCUUCAAGCUGGUCGGAGCUGGUGAUUGCAACAGCGCCUUUCGUAUUUUCCAGGAACCAACGGAACCUGCAGACGACACGGUAGAGAGAUUGGAUUGGUUCGAGGAGUACGUUUGGAGGGAAGUGAGAAGGAAGAAGAUGUUUUCCUCGUGGCAGGAGGAUUUCCUCCAGAACGACGCGAAAGCCACCGCCAGAAGGCAAGCAAGAAUAGACGAAGAACGCAGGAUAAGGCUUGAGACGUCGAGAUUGGAGCUUCACAGGCAACACGAGGAACGCCUGAGAUUGGAGGCUGAAGAGAAAAUGAGGAAAAUGCCGAAGUCUAAAGAUACUAUUUGGAAGAUGCGUCAGCAGGGAAGGAUGAAGAAGGUUCUGUUGAAGAAGAAGAGAUUCGUGUCGCGGGAACUGGAGGAGAAGAGGUUGCCGCUGGUUCGUUUGGCCGAAGAGAGGAAUCUAAAGAUGAUCAAGGCCAAGAACGAAGCCACGCUUCAGAAUAAAUAUUUCGAUAACUUCGUGUCCCUCGAGUUUUCCGAGUAUUACGAUCUGGAAAAGAAAGAUAAGAGUUCGGAAGAGCAACGGAAAAUAAUAAAAGACGAAGAAAUAAUCGACGUGUAUUUGCAAGAGUUUCACAAGAUUAAGGACGAGGCGCGAAGAAUAAUGAAGGAGCAGCCGUAUGUCCCAAAAUUUAAUCGAAGCAUUUGUGCAAAGAAAGGAAAGAAAAUGCUAUGAACCAUGCAUUAUACAUCGUGUAAGGCUUCGAGAUGUAAAAAGGUUUAGUCAUAUUUUAUGCGACGGUAAUCUGAAUUGUAAGCGUAAAUUGAUAAGAUAAGAUAGUUUAAGGGUUGUUCAAAGAAGGUUAUCAGACAGGGACUUGUACACAACAAAUGCAAUCAAUAUCAAUGUAUCGGGAAAUCAUGAAUCGGAUCAAAUUUUAAAAAGUACUGUUAUGCAAAAUUGAAAGUAGCAUUUAAACAACACAAGCAUUAAUAUAUGAAAAAAAUGGAUUGAAAUCCAAGAGAUUAGAGAAACUCCCAAUUUCCUUCGUAUUAAAUACUUGUUACUAUUUGAAAACAUUGGUUAUGGAAUCGUAAAAACGUCCACUAUGCAUUAUCCAAUGUUUUAGACAAAAUAUUUAUUAAGAUCUCCCCCAAAAAUAUCUUUAAAACGUGAAUUUGUUUUAACACUAAAUCACUUAACUCAGGAUGUGGAGAAAUUGUUUGAAAUUAUAUACACGUGUAUCUAUAAAAAAUUUUCAUCUCGUUGAAUUACCCGCAAUGUGUAAACAACGGAAACG